CAAAAUGUAUUAGGUAUUUCAAUAAUUUGAAGAUACCGACAAGUUCCGGAAGUUUCUUAAAAACCCACCAAAAACAAAAACACCCUAAAAAUUUUUGCAUCGGUGGCGCAGUUUGUUCUCACACCAUUUAGCACUUGUUCUUCGUUGGUCCAUCUUUUUGUACUGUACGUGUGGCAUAUUCUAAUUGAGCUUGUUCUUCACUUCAUCGAUGACAUUGGGCCAGUGAAUAUAACAGCAGCUCUGGAGGAGAUACAGAGAAAGAAUCGCGUGAAAUUUGUGUUACCCGAUACCCUCUUAAAACCUCCAUCUUUCUCGUAUUUAAUCUUCAUCGUCAGCUUUUGAGGGUCAGAUCCUUUCUUCAACCCCAGCGACCAUGCAAGAUAACCAAGAACCAAUGAUCAAAGAUGGAACUGUGACUACUCCGUUGCUAGUGAGAAAACUCAAUUGGUGGCAAUGGUGGUUUUUGAUGGCUCUAAACAUUUUUUUCCUUGUUGUGGGUCAAUCUGCUGCUGUUCUUCUUGGGAGAUUUUAUUAUGACCAGGGCGGCAAUAGUAAAUGGAUGGCUACUCUUGUCCAAACUCUUGCAUUCCCAAUCCUUUUCCUCCCUCUCUUUCUCAUUCCUUCGUCUCAGGAGCCUUCAACUUUUUCGGCCCCACCCAAAAUUACAAAUCUUGCCUUGAUCUACUUCUCUCUUGGAGUGCUUAUAGCUGGUGACAACAUGAUGUAUUCUUUUGGACUCUUGUACCUCUCUGCCUCUACCUACUCCCUCAUAUGUGCAACCCAAUUGGCUUUUAAUGCAAUUUUCUCAUACUUCAUCAACUCUCAGAAGUUCACUGCUUUAAUUCUUAAUUCUGUGGUUGUCCUCUCAUUAUCUGCUGCCCUGAUUGCAGUCAAUGAUGACUCUGAAGGACCAUCAGGAGUUUCUAAGUCAAAAUAUAUCAUUGGCUUCCUUUGUACUGUUGCAGCUUCUGCACUUUACUCUCUUUUGCUUUCCCUGAUGCAGCUUUCCUUCCAAAAGGUUCUAAAAAGGGAAACAUUUUCUGUGGUUUUGGAAAUGCAAAUCUACACAUCACUCAUUGCCACUUGUGUUUCUAUUGUGGGACUUUUUGCAAGUGGGGAAUGGAAGACUUUACAUGGGGAAAUGGAAGGUUUUGGUACGGGUAAAGUUUCCUAUGUAAUGACUUUGGUUUGUACAGCCGUGGCUUGGCAGGUUUGUUCCGUUGGUGUUGUGGGCUUGAUAUUUGUGGUGUCAUCUCUCUUCUCCAAUGUAAUUAGUACUGUCUCUUUAGCUAUUACUCCUAUUGCUUCUGUGAUAGUUUUCCAUGACAAGAUGAAUGGCAUCAAGGUAAUUGCCAUGCUUUUGGCUCUUUGGGGUUUUGCAUCCUAUAUUUACCAGAAUUAUCGUGAUAAUUCUACAGCAAGGAUAGCUCAAAAUGAUGUUAACGAAUCUCAAAAUGAUUAUUUAUCUUGAUUGUUUCUUAAUGAGGGAUUUGGAAAGACUGCCUAGAAACUGAAUACCAUGGGUGAUCUUUGGUCAA